AUGAUUUUAGAUACAGCUCUUAUUAGAGCUCGUAAAGUCUAUAUAUAUUACAUCUUCUUCCAAUUUAAAGCUUAUUAUUUAAAUGUUUAUGUGAGACCUUGA